AUGGAUAAACGACAGACAAUUCCCGGAAGUGCAAUGGGCACAAUGUACGGAACUCAAGCAGCUUGCCUAGUUUGUGGAGACCAGAGUUCUGGUAAACACUAUGGAGUAAAUUGCUGCGAUGGCUGCUCCUGUUUCUUCAAGCGGAGUGUACGUAAAGGAAACCUCUACGCUUGCAUUGCUGGCAAAGCAAAUUGUACUGUAGAUAAAGCACGACGAAAUUGGUGUCCAUAUUGCCGCUUUCAGCGCUGCUUGUCAGUUGGCAUGAAUGUGACAGCGGUUCAAGAAGAACGUGGUCCUCGCAAUACUGCAACUAACAAUACAUUUACAAGCGCGACUGCUGCUUUGACGAAGUAUAAAACGCGUUUAAGCACAACUCAACAGCGCGUUUGUAGUUUUUCAUUGACUGCUAGUAGUACCGUAGCUACGCCCUAUUAUACACUGACAGAUACCGGAAAUGUAUUUAAUUUUCAAAUCUUAGCACAAGUCUUGGUGACGUGCUUACGUCAGGCGAAAUGUAAUGAACAAUUUCGAUUGCUGGAGCGUUGCCAGCAAGAAGCGAUACUGCAAGUGGUGUGGAGCGAGUGUUUUGUCUUACGCGCCUCGCACUGGUCUGUUGAUAUAAGUUCUUUAAUAGAAGCUUGUGGGGAUACACACUUAAAGCGAGCCAUAGGUGAUGCACAGCAGUUACGUGCUGAUGUUAUGGAACUAAAUUUUUUGGAGACUUUAAUUUUAUGUCGAAAAGAACUCUCAAUAUGUGCAAGGAAUACUUUACUCUUAGAAACUUAUGCAAAUGGUGCUUUAAUAUCAUUGGCGCGCUACACAAUACAACAAACCAAUUACAUACGUUUUGGAACUUUGCUAUUGGGUUUAAGGAACUUGGCCCUGCGUCGUUACGAAACCAUGCUCUCCAGCCUCUUUCGAACUGUGGUUAAGGAUAUACUUAAAACAAUUUAA